AUGACAAGUAACAGGGAAGAAAGGACGAGAAUAAUAAGUGACCUCCCAACCAACCUCAUGAACGUCAUCAAUGAAAGUUGCGAAGAAGCAUACGGAGACGCAACGCCCAAUGCCUCCCCUAGGCGAGAUGGGUCACCUCCUCCUCACUCCAGCAUCAUAAAAUCUCUUAGUAAGGUAGCCUCCACAUCUGUGGCGGAGGGGGCGUCCCCAGCUGUAAAAACGCUCCUUGAGGCAUGGCUAACUAACACAUUAAACAGCAUCCUCCAUAAGCCCGCUCAGGACACGGGUACAGAAAAUGCAAGAACUUGCGUUAUACAACUAAUAGACGAGCAGCACAACCAACUCCCUCCUCCUCCAAUGACAGGAGGAGCGUUAACAUGGUAUUCGCAACUACAUGCGCGUUCCAUUGAAACUUUUGAAGAGCUGGCCAACAAGUUCGUAACGGCCCAUGUUGGGGCCAAGAAGGCCGAGGUAAGAGUGAACGACAUAUUUGCUAUUAAACAGUCUCCGGGAGAGGGAUUGAGGGACUUCCUCGCCCGGUUCAACCGAGUAAGGAUGACCUUGCCGAACGUGUCAGAAGGGAUGGAGGUCGCAGCCUUCCAAAACGGGUUGAGCAGGGAUGAUAUAGUCUAUGCCCGGGAGAAGCUCGGACCAAAGGUCAAAUGGACGCAAAAGAUGAGGUCAGAUCCGAGUACCAGAAAGUCAGACGCCCUCUGCGAGUUCCACCAAGAACGAGGGCACAAAACCGAAGAUUGCAUCGCCCUAAGGCAGGAGGUCGUAAACAUGUUACGACAAGGGUACCUCAAAGAGUUGUUGAGCGAUCGGGGAAGGACCAACUUUGCCAGAGGACGUGAACAACAUCAAGGACCGCCGAAACCGCCCUCACCAAAUCUCACCAUUCACAUGAUCAUCGGUGGCGGUGACGAUUCUUCAAUAAACAACGUGAAGUUCACCACCACCAACAAGCUCAAAUGGUCAAUCACCUGUGAACUGUAUGAAAAACUUGAAGAGAGUAUCAUCUUUGAUAAGUCGGAUACCAACGAUUUCAAUUUCCCUUACUAUGAUGCCCUUGUUAUUACUUUACGAAUUUCAAAUACCGAUGUAAGACACAUUAUGGUAGAUGAUGGGAGUGGCGCGUGUAUUAUCCAUCCUCGAGUACUUGCACAAAUGAAACUCGAAGAUAAGGUAGUGUCGUGUUACAUUACGCUAACUGGUUUUAACAAUGCAGUAGAGCGAACAUCUGAUGAAAUCACAUUCCCCGUCCUGGCCGAUGGCGUCACUCUGGAAACCACAUUCCACAUCAUGGACAAUGACACAACGUACAAUGCCAUAAUAGGGCAACCAUGGAUACACACCAUGAGGGCCAUACCUUCCAGCUUAUAUCAGGUCAUCAAGUUCCCGACUCCAUGGGGAAUAUUCAACAUAUGA